GUGGAGACCGGGAAUAUGUAACCGGUCUUUUUUUUACGACCUCUCGGUUGUGAUCUCGUCUAUACAUCAUAGACUACCUGACGAUUUUCCCAUCCUUGAUCUGUGUGCGCUGUGAACGGGGGUAUGGAUAUUUUUGCGCCGUGUUUUAGCCUACGCAUAGGCCUAGUUGAUUCGUAACGAAACGCCAAGGCCUGAAGUCCCUUUAUUGGUGAUCGUUUCUACUUGAGUCUAAGGACCGGAUCCCUCAUACAAUAAUGGGCACUGAAGAUAUUUCCCCGUAGAGAAUGGGCCUGUAACGAACGGAUAUUUUGGACGCAAGGGCCGGACAUUCUCCUAUAAGGAGAAGGCCAAAGAUAACGGAAAUAUGAAGAUCUGGAGUACAGAACAUGUUUUCAGCUACCCGUGGGAGACAGUGAUAAAGGCAGCGAUGAGGAAGUACCCUAACCCCAUGAACCCUAAUGUGGUGGGAGUGGAUGUGUUGGACAGGAACCUGGACACUGACGGACGGCUCCACAGCCACAGACUCCUCAGCACCGAGUGGGGCCUGCCCGGCAUCGUACGAGCGAUCUUGGGGACCAGUCAUACCCAGACCUACGUCAAGGAGCACUCCAUCGUGGAUCCGGAGGAGAAAAAGAUGGAGCUUUAUUCAACAAAUAUAACUCUAACCAACCUGGUGUCAGUGGAUGAAAGACUGGUUUACAGACCUCACCCAGACAACCCAGAGGUAACUGUUCUGACCCAGGAGGCCAUCAUCACAGUAAAAGGAGUCAGUUUGAGCAGCUACCUGGAGGGAAUGAUGGCCCUCAGGAUGUCAGCUAACGCCAGAAAGGGUUGGGAUGCUAUUGAGUGGAUCAUUCAGAACUCUGAAAGGGAGAACGUCCCUCUAUGUGACCUGUAUUAACUCUGGAAGGGCCAAUCAGAGGGCUGUAGAGGGUAGAAUACAUGAUCAGGAACUAUGUCAUCCUACACCAAGCAGCCAGCCCAGCCAUACCUCCCACAUGGCAUCACAACCCGCCCUGGUGCCCAGCCAUACCUCCCACAUGGCAUCACAACCCGCCCUGGUGCCCAGGCUUCAUAAGGGGGAAUCUGAACCCUCCCUGGUGCCCAGGCUUCAUAAGGGGCCAUCUGAACCCUCCCUGGUGCCCAGGCUUCAUAAGGGGGAAUCUGAACCCUCCCUGGUGCCCAGGCUUCAUAAGGGGCCAUCUGAACCCUCCCUGGUGCCCAGGCUUCAUAAGGGGGCAUCUGAACCCUCCCUGGUGCCCAGGCUUCAUAAGGGGGCAUCUGAACACUCCCUGGUGCCCAGGCUUCAUAAGGGGAAUCUGAACCCUCCCUGGUGCCCAGGCUUCAUAAGGGGCCAUCUGAACCCUCCCUGGUGCCCAGGCUUCAUAAGGGGGCAUCUGAACACUCCCUGGUGCCCAGGCUUCAUAAGGGGCCAUCUGAACACUCCCUGGUGCCCAGGCUUCAUAAGGGGCAUCUGAACCCUCCCUGGUGCCCAGGCUUCAUAAGGGGCCAUCUGAACCCUCCCUGGUGCCCAGGCUUCAUAAGGGGCCAUCUGAACACUCCCUGGUGCCCAGGCUUCAUAAGGGGCAUCUGAACAAUCCCUGGUGCCCAGGCUUCAUAAGGGGCCAUCUGAACACUCCCUGGUGCCCAGGCUUCAUAAGGGGCCAUCUGAACACUCCCUGGUGCCCAGGCUUCAUAAGGGGCCAUCUGAACACUCCCUGGUGCCCAGGCUUCAUAAGGGGCAUCUGAACAAUCCCUGGUGCCCAGGCUUCAUAAGGGGCCAUCUGAACACUCCCUGGUGCCCAGGCUUCAUAAGGGGCCAUCUGAACACUCCCUGGUGCCCAGGCUUCAUAAGGGGCCAUCUGAACACUCCCUGGUGCCCAGGCUUCAUAAGGGGCAUCUGAACACUCCCUGGUGCCCAGGCUUCAUAAGGGACAUCUGAACACUCCCUGGUGCCCAGGCUUCAUAAGGGGCAUCUGAACCCUCCCUGGUGCCCAGGCUUCAUAAGGGGCAUCUGAACAAUCCCUGGUGCCCAGGCUUCAUAAGGGGCCAUCUGAACCCUCCCUGGUGCCCAGGCUUCAUAAGGGGCCAUCUGAACACUCCCUGGUGCCCAGGCUUCAAAAGGGGCAUCUGAACACUCCCUGGUGCCCAGGCUUCAUAAGGGGCCAUCUGAAUACUCCCUGGUGCCCAGGCUUCAUAAGGGCCAUCUGAACCCUCUUCCUGGAACAGCCAGUGAACACAUGGAUUAUAUGUACUGCACUGGAAGCUCAUGAAUCUCAUCCAUCCCUAUGGAAUACAGUGAAGAGUUCCAGUACUGGUGUUCAUCAGGACCCCCUGAAGGUUCUCUAUUCCCAGAAAGAAUGUUGCUGGCUGUCAAGUCAACAAUCAAUAGAAACACAAAGGGUUAUUAAUAUAUCAUCAUAAAGACUUUGAUCAUUGAUCCUUCCACAGAAAUAUAUCCCUACUGAGGGAAUUGAGGCCAACGUUGAUGUCCAGUAGGAUAUUGAUUGGAUACAUAGGUGUAUGAUAGAUGUAUGAACGGGGGGGGCCAGUAUGAAAAAUGUAUGCACUCACUAACUGUAAGUCGCUCUGGAUAAGAGCGUCUGCUA